UCACUCACACCCUCUUCCCUCUCUCUCUCUCUCUCUCAAAAACCAACAUUAAUUCACGUCUCCAUCCUCUGCAUGGUUGUUGCAGCACUCAGAAACCACCACAUACAAAGCUUCACGCUGUUCUUAAGUUUUCUUGGGUUUUGACUCAGCAGAGGGUGGUGUGCAAUGGAGUUUGAGGUUUGCAUGAACAUUUGGUGCCAGGAUAACGCUUCUCGUGAAUGGAAGCAAGGGUGGCCUCUAAGAUCGGCUGGAUUUGCUAGACUCUGCGAGGAGUGCGGAUCUGCCUAUGCCAAUUCAAUUUUCUGUGAAACAUUCCACAAGCAUCAAGCUGGUUGGAGAGAGUGCAACGAUUGCGGCAAGCCUAUCCACUGUGGAUGCAUUGUAUCGAGGUCUUUGUUUGAGUACCGUGAUUCUGGCGGUAUAGAUUGUGUUACCUGUGCACAGGCUUCCCAACUUCGUUUGAUGCGGGCAACUGAAAACCUCAAUGCUGUUAGAUCAAUAAAAAAUAAUGCAAAUGAUCGUCACACUGAACAUAUUGACGGUAGACUAAUGGUGGAUGGUGCUGGCAAAGGAAAAAUGGUGCAACUGUGUAGAAUUGUCGAAGCUAGUGAACCCAGCCGUUGGCCUCAAUCAGAAAGAGAGGUGAUAGAUUCAUGCAAUGGUCUAAACAAGCAAGAUGAUACAAGAUUUUCAAAUGUGAUGAAACCGCCUAGCCAUUCAUUAGCAAUAACUACAUCAGAAAAUAAUGGACCAACAUGGGUGACUGGAAGUAUGGACAAAUCACAUCCACUGAAUAUUUCUAUAGGAACCUCAUCAGGAAAUUCUGUCCUGACUUCUGCUCUAGAGAGUUUGGAAGAGAGACUUGAGGGUAAAGCAUUGUCUUCUCCCUUUCAUCAAGGCCAAAGGUCUCUCUCCAUGAAAAUGGAAGGGCUGAUUCCUCCUCAGGAACGCAUUGCCAGGCCACCUGCUGAUGGGAUUGGCAAGAGUCUGUUACUUUCUCGAUACUGGCCAAAGAUGACUGAUCAUGAGCUGGAGAAAUUGUCGGAGUGUAUGAAGUCUAUUGUAGUGCCAUUAUUUGAGAAGACACUGAGUUCCAGUGAUGCUAGUCGAAUUGGUCGUCUUGUUCUCCCAAAAUCCUGUGCUGAGGUUUACUUUCCUCCUAUUACACAGUCAGAAGGUCUUCCUCUGCAGAUGCUAGAUGUUAUGGGAAAUGAGUGGAUAUUUCAGUUCAGAUUCUGGCCUAACAACAAUAGUAGAAUGUAUGUGUUGGAGGGAGUAACCCCUUGCAUGCAGGCCUUGCAAUUAAAUGCUGGUGAUACUGUGAUAUUUAGUCAGAUGCAUCCUGGAGGCAAAUAUGUUUUCGGUUUCAGAAGGGCAUCAGGUUCUACAGAUACACAGGAAGCAAACUUAUCUGGUGCAACUGCAAAUCUUCGCUCAGGAAGUAGUUAUCAUAAUCUUCUCCUGAACUGGAAAAGGAAGAGAGAAGCUUUCUUAAAUGGAUGUUCAGAACAUUUGCGUUGGGGCAUUGCUAGUCUUCAAACUGAAAAUUGUGACAUGGUAAACAAUGAUUUGUUGCAGCUGCCACCAAUUUCAGUUUCAGAGAGGAUGACUCAAACUACUGGGCCAAAGAGGUUGCUCCCACCUAAUGAUGACGCUACGGAGUUGAGAGUUACAUUGGAAGAAGCACAGAACUUGCUUAGUCCGCCACCUAAGGUCAAGCCAGGUAUUAUAAAAGUUGAGGAUCAAGAAUUUGAGGAAUAUGAGGAACCCCCGGUUUUUGGAAAGAGAACUGCAAUCAAUGCACAUCCAUUAGGAUCUCUAAACUCUGCAUCAAAGGAAAUGAGUCCAAAGGAAUUAGAUAAUAUUCUGACAACCAGCAAAGAUUUAAAAAAGCGAAGAAGCAUAAGAAAACCUGACACAGCUCAAGAACAUGAGCCUCAUGGCUUGAAUGCACUAGCCAGCGCUGCAGCUUUGGGUGAUGACCUUGUUGAGCCUGUUGGAGCCACCACGAAGCAUCCGAGGCACCGUCUUGGAUGCAGCUGCAUCGUAUGCAGCCAGCCCCCAAGUGGUAAGGGGAAACACAAGCCUACGUGCACAUGCAUUGCCUGCGUGACCAUGAAGCGCAGGUGCAACACCCUCAUGGCUCGUAAGAGGAAACGUGGCCAAUCAGAUGAUGAUGCUCUCGCUCGGGAUGAAGGAGACACAAAUGGUGCACCCAGAGAUCAAAUAGAUCUCAAUUCGCAUCCAUAUCCCGAAGACAUGCAGGUGGAUGCAUGAAACAAUAACAUAUAUAUACUACCCUCUAGGGGGUCGGAAUAUAAUAUUAUAUAAUAUAUGGACCAAAUUAAAUAGCUUAAAACUUUAACUCUCAACCGUGGUUUAGAUUAGUCUUCUUUACUUCAUCUUCUAUUUCGAAGCUGGAUAUAUAGAAGAGGUAAGUUAUUGUUCUCAAUCCAGUCAAGGUCGGAACCAUAUCUGUUAAUACUUGUUAGAUUUCUCAUUUCUCCUUAUGCAAACAAAGUAUAUAUAGUUUGCUUUCCUUUUCUAAAGGGUCGUAAAAGAUA